AUGUUUGACUGUGACUUUUUGUCAUUGCCCGAAACUGAGGCUACGUGCCUGCCAGAAACCCAUAAUCGGAGACCACGCAAGAAAGUCAGAGAAGGGCAGUUGCUUGGUGUCCGGAUCUCCAGAAUUCAGAUUUUAUAUCGUGAAGCACAGCUGAUAAAUGCAGACUGCGAGAAAUUGCCGCUAAAGUUUUUGAUUUUGCGAAAAACAGGACCAUCAACGAGUGAAACACUGUCAUCCCAUUAUGACAAAGUUGUUUUGUUUUUCAAGUAA